GGCUUGUCCCUUGCCGCCCGCCGUAGCCCGGCGCUCAGCCGGUCGCCGUUUCCAAGAUGGCUGCGGCGCGCGCGGCUCCUGCGGCGGGCUAGAGGCAGAGGCGGAGGCGGAGCCGAGUCACUCUCGCACUUUGGCGCCCCGGUCCCCGGUACUAGGCUGCAGCUUACGGCCCGCCGCGGCCAUGCGGAGCUCCGUGCACGGAUGAGAGAAGACGCCGCCGAGCUGGCCCCCCCGCCCGCCUUCGCCGUCACCCCUGCCGCCGCCAUGGAGGAGCCGCCGCCGCCGCCGCCGGAACCAGAGCCCGAGCCCGACUGCUGCCUCACUGCGAGGCAAGAGUGCACAUUGGGAGAUUCAGCUAGUAGGAGUCCUGACUCUGAUCCAGAGGACUUCUCAGAUGAAACAAACACAGAGAAUCUUUAUGGCGCCUCUCCCCCCAGCACACCUCGACAGAUGAAACGCAUGUCAGCCAAACACCAGAGGAAUAAUGUAGGGAGGCCUGCCAGUCGAACUAAUUUGAAAGAAAAAAUGAAUGCACCAAAUCAGCCUCCACAUAAAGACACUGGAAAAACAGUGGAGAAUGUGGAAGAAUACAGCUAUAAGCAUGAGAAAAAGAUCCGAGCAACUCUUAGAACAACAGAACGUGAUCAUAAAAAAAAUGUACAGUGCUCAUUCAUGUUGGACUCAGUGGGUGGGUCUUUGCCAAAAAAAUCAAUUCCAGAUGUGGAUCUCAAUAAGCCUUACCUCAGCCUUGGCUGUAGCAACGCUAAGCUUCCAGUAUCUGUGCCCAUGCCUAUAGCCAGAACUGCUCGUCAGACUUCUAGGACUGAUUGCCCAGCAGAUCGUUUAAAGUUUUUUGAAACAUUACGACUUUUACUAAAGCUUACCUCAGUCUCAAAGAAGAAGGACAGGGAGCAAAGAGGACAAGAAAAUACGUCUGCUUUCUGGUUUAACCGAUCUAACGAACUGAUCUGGUUAGAGCUACAAGCCUGGCAUGCAGGACGGACCAUUAAUGACCAAGACCUCUUUUUAUAUACAGCCCGUCAAGCCAUCCCAGAUAUUAUCAAUGAAAUCCUUACUUUCAAAGUUAAUUAUGGGAACUUUGCUUUUGUCAGAAAUGGAGCUAGUUUUAAUGGUACUUCAGUAGAAGGGCAGGGGCAGGGCAAAGCCCCUCAUGGAACACAGACUGUGGGUUACUCAACAUACCAUGAGCAUCUCCAACGCCAGAGGGUCUCAUUUGAGCAGGUGAAACGGAUAAUGGAGCUGCUAGAAUACAUAGAAGCACUUUAUCCAUCAUUACAGGCUCUUCAAAAGGACUAUGAAAAAUAUGCUGCAAAAGACUUCCAGGACAGGGUGCAGGCACUCUGCUUGUGGUUAAACAUCACAAAAGACUUAAAUCAGAAAUUAAGGAUUAUGGGCACUGUUUUGGGCAUCAAGAAUUUAUCAGACAUUGGCUGGCCAGUGUUUGAAAUCCCUUCCCCUCGACCAUCCAAAGGUAAUGAGCCGGAAUAUGAGGGUGAUGACACAGAAGGAGAAUUGAAGGAAUUGGAAAGUAGUACGGAUGAGAGUGAAGAAGAACAAAUCUCUGAUCCCAGGGUACCAAAACUCAGACGGCCUGUAGACAACAGUUUCGAUGUCCAGUCUCAGGACUACAUUUCCAAGAAGUUUGAGAGGCUUGAAUCCGAGGAUGAUUCUGUUGGUUGGGGAGCACCAGACUGCAACACAGAAGCAGGCUUUAGUAGACAUUGUCUGACUUCGAUUUAUAGACCAUUUGUAGACAAAGCACUGAAGCAGAUGGGGUUAAGAAAGUUGAUUUUAAGACUUCACAAGCUAAUGGAUGGUUCCUUGCAAAGGGCACGUGUAGCGUUGGUGAAGAAUGAUUGCCCAGUGGAGUUUUCUGAAUUUCCAGAUCCCAUGUGGGGUUCCGAUUAUGUGCAGUUGUCCAGGACACCGCCUUCCUCUGAGCAGAAGUGCAGCGCUGUGUCGUGGGAAGAGCUGAAGGCCAUGGAUUUACCCUCAUUCAAACCUGCCUUCUUAGUCCUCUGUCGAGUCCUUCUGAACGUUAUACACGAAUGUCUGAAGUUAAGAUUGGAACAGAGACCUGCUGGGGAACCGUCUCUCUUGAGUAUUAAGCAGCUGGUGAGAGAGUGUAAAGAGGUCCUGAAAGGUGGCCUUCUGAUGAAACAGUACUACCUAUUCAUGCUGCAGGAGGUUCUAGAGGACUUGGAGAAGACUGACUGCAACAUUGAUGCUUUUGAAGAAGAUCUGCAUAAAAUGCUGAUGGUAUAUUUUGAUUACAUGAGAAGCUGGAUCCAAAUGCUACAGCAAUUACCUCAAGCAUCCCAUAGUUUAAAAAAUCUGUUAGAAGAAGAAUGGAAUUUCACCAAAGAAAUAACUCACUACAUACGGGGAGGAGAAGCACAGGCCGGAAAGCUCUUCUGUGACAUUGCAGGAAUGCUGCUGAAAUCUACAGGAAGUUUUCUAGAAUUUGGCUUACAGGAGAGCUGUGCUGAAUUUUGGACCAGUGCUGAUGACAGCAGUGCUUCAGAUGAAAUAAGGAGGUCUGUUAUAGAGAUCAGCCGAGCACUGAAGGAGCUCUUUCAUGAAGCCAGAGAAAGAGCCUCAAAAGCACUAGGAUUUGCUAAAAUGUUGAGAAAGGACCUGGAAAUAGCAGCAGAAUUCAUACUUUCAGCCCCAGUUAGAGAUCUCUUGGAUGUUCUGAAAUCAAAACAGUAUGUUAAAGUACAAAUUCCUGGGUUAGAAAACUUGCAAAUGUUUGUUCCAGACACUCUUGCUGAGGAGAAGAAUAUUAUUUUGCAGUUACUCAAUGCAGCUGCAGGAAAGGACUGUUCAAAAGAGUCAGAUGACGUGUUCAUCGAUGCCUACCUACUUCUAACCAAGCAGAGUGAUCGAGCCCGUGAUUCAGAGGAUAGCUGGGCCACGUGGGAAGCACAGCCUGUCAAAAUUGUGCCUCAGGUGGAGACUGUUGACACCCUGAGAAGCAUGCAGGUGGAUAAUCUUUUACUGGUUGUCAUGCAGUCUGCCCAUCUCACCAUUCAGAGAAAAGCUUUCCAGCAGUCCAUCGAGGGACUUAUGACUCUGUGCCAAGAGCAGACGUCCAGUCAGCCAGUCAUCGCCAAAGCUUUGCAGCAGCUAAAGAAUGAUGCAUUAGAGCUGUGCAACAGAAUAAGCAAUGCCAUUGACCGAGUGGACCACAUGUUUACGUCGGAAUUUGAUGCAGAAGUUGAUGAAUCCGAAUCUGUCACAUUGCAACAGUACUAUCGAGAAGCAAUGAUUCAGGCGUACAAUUUUGGGUUUGAGUAUCAUAAAGAAGUUGUUCGUCUGAUGUCUGGAGAGUUCAGGCAGAAGAUAGGAGACAAAUAUAUAAGCUUCGCCCGGAAAUGGAUGAAUUACGUCCUGACUAAGUGUGAGAGUGGUAGAGGUACAAGGCCCAGGUGGGCAACUCAAGGAUUUGAUUUUCUACAAGCAAUUGAACCUGCCUUCAUUUCAGCUUUACCAGAAGAUGACUUCUUGAGUUUACAAGCCUUGAUGAAUGAAUGCAUUGGCCAUGUCAUAGGAAAACCACACAGUCCUGUUACAGGUUUGUACCUUGCUAUUCAUCGGAACAGCCCCCGUCCUGUGAAGGUACCUCGAUGUCAUAGUGACCCUCCUAACCCACAUCUAAUUAUCCCAACUCCAGAGGGAUUCAGGGGUUCCAGUGUCCCUGAAAAUGAUCGGUUGGCUUCCAUAGCUGCUGAAUUGCAGUUUAGGUCCUUGAGUCGUCACUCAAGCCCCACGGAGGAGCGAGAUGAACCAGCAUAUCCGAGAGGUGAUUCAAGUGGGUCAACACGAAGAAGUUGGGAACUUCGGACGCUUAUCAGCCAGACUAAAGAUUCUGCUUCUAAACAAGGGCCCAUAGAAGCUAUCCAGAAGUCAGUCCGAUUAUUUGAAGAAAAGAGGUACCGAGAAAUGAGGAGAAAGAAUAUCAUUGGUCAAGUUUGUGAUACUCCUAAAUGCUAUGACAAUGUUAUGCAUGUUGGCUUGAGGAAGGUGACCUUCAAGUGGCAAAGAGGAAACAAAAUUGGGGAAGGCCAGUAUGGGAAGGUCUACACCUGCAUCAGUGUUGACACGGGGGAGCUGAUGGCGAUGAAGGAGAUUCGAUUUCAACCUAAUGACCAUAAGACUAUCAAGGAAACUGCAGACGAACUGAAAAUAUUCGAAGGCAUCAAACACCCCAAUCUGGUUCGGUAUUUUGGUGUGGAGCUUCAUAGAGAAGAAAUGUACAUCUUCAUGGAGUACUGUGAUGAGGGCACAUUAGAAGAAGUGUCGAGGCUGGGGCUUCAGGAACAUGUGAUUAGGCUGUAUUCAAAGCAGAUCACCAUUGCGAUCAAUGUCCUCCAUGAGCAUGGCAUCGUUCACCGUGACAUUAAAGGUGCCAAUAUCUUCCUUACCUCAUCUGGACUAAUCAAACUGGGAGAUUUUGGAUGCUCAGUAAAGCUUAAAAACAAUGCCCAGACCAUGCCUGGUGAAGUGAAUAGCACACUGGGGACAGCAGCAUACAUGGCACCUGAAGUCAUCACUCGCGCUAAAGGAGAAGGCCAUGGGCGAGCGGCUGACAUCUGGAGUCUGGGCUGUGUUGUCAUAGAGAUGGUGACUGGGAAGAGGCCUUGGCAUGAGUAUGAACACAACUUUCAGAUCAUGUAUAAAGUGGGAAUGGGACAUAAGCCCCCAAUCCCUGAAAGAUUAAGCCCUGAAGGAAAGGACUUCCUCUCUCACUGCCUUGAAAGUGACCCAAAGAUGCGGUGGACAGCCAGCCAGCUCCUCGACCAUUCGUUUGUCAAGGUGUGCACAGAUGAAGAAUGAAGCUAAUCGGUCUGUGGCCUAGUAGUGUGUGGACUUGGAAAAUUCUCUUAAUCACUACUGUAUGUAAUAUUUACAUAAAGACUGUGCUGAGAAGCAGUGUAAGCCUUUUUAACCUUCCAAGACUGAAGACUGCACAGGUGACAAACGUCACUUCUCCUGCUGCUCCUGUUUAUCUGACGUGGCACAGGGUCCUCUGGAGGGAUAGUGUCCACGAGGUUAAAGAAGCUGCAUGUUAAGUGCCAUUACUACUGUACACGGACCAUCGCCUCUGUCUCCUCUGUUUUUCCCGUGACUGAGAACCAUGACAUCAGUGUAGCAUUUUUGACCUUUCUAGGUUCAAAAGAAGUUGUAGUGUUAUCAGGGCGUCCGGGACCUUGUUUUUAAUCUCCUGUUUGUCUAGUGCACUGACUGUGAAACCUUACCUUUUUUUUGUUGUUGUUGGUAAGCUGCAGGUUUGUUAUGCAAAAGGCUGAUUAAUGAAAUUUAAGAAAAAGGUUCUUUUUUCAAUAAAUGGUUUAUUUUAGGAAGGCUCA